CUUACUGGCAUGCUGGAUACCUGCAAAUUUAUGAGGACAUGACAACAAACUUGACUAACAAAUGCAUUUUUAUGCUGUUUGCAUUUCUAAUGUUCCAACAGCAUGCAAUCACCAUCUUUGGAUCGUACUGGAAUAAGGGGCCGCUCAUAGCAGAUGGAGUGUGUGCCGUAAAAAACCUCAAAUUGCUUUCGCUACUAAAUUUGCUUUGCAACGCAACACAAACACAAUCUAGGCAAGCAAGAGAUGGCUGUUAUGGCUGCUUUUUCAGAGCCGGUAGCAUCAGAAGUGGACCAGCUUUGAUUUCUUCUUUAAAUGAUUGCGCCCGAUUGUACAUCGCCAACACAAGCUAUGCCGAUUGCGCGAACACUCUGCAGGCCAUGGUGAAUGAAACGGCCACGCUGCCCUUAUCCACCGAUUUUUCAGUCGACCCUUGUUAUUCGGGCUAUUGUGAAUUCGUGCGCUGCGUUAGGCGCGUCAACGCUCAAAAUUUGAUAUCCAAUUGUUAUAUAGAAAACUUGGGCACCAGGCAAUUAACGGAUACUCUGGAUCGCAUCUAUUUCUAUACGAAUGUCACAUCCUGCAUUUUGGCCAGAACGCGUUGUUCUCAAUAUAACCCCGUCUCCGGUGAACUGCAAAACACACUUGUCGUGCCAGGCAAACUAGUAUUAAGAAAAUCGCCGUUUUUGAAUGCGCUGCAAAUAUUGGAUAAUGGCGACUUGCGUGUGGUAUCCUUUUCAACUCGAACAAAUAUGGCAACCGAAAAGUUUUGUGCCCAUUUUCCCAGCGUAGAGCAAGCUUAUUAUGGUUCAUAUGUGUGUUGAGUGGCUCAAAAACAACACCUACUUAUAAAUAAACACAUUUAUCUAUCGUUGCUUUAAUAUACAUACUCAUUUUCUUUUCAAAUCCAGUAUUGUACAAAAGUCUGUCGAUAACUUACUAAGUAUCUACUGGAUUUUAAAAAUAUCUUCUACAGCAUAAAAUUAGUGAUAUUCAUAAAUAAAAACAGCCUUUAAAAGAAA